AGUCCAUAUUUACAAAAAAAAAUAUAGAAUUAUUUGUGUUUGGGGAUAAAUUUGUUUUUGAAAGAAGCUUUUAUGAUUUGGUGAUUAACUAAGAACAUAUUUUCCAACAACGAAACUAUCUAAUCUUAUGUAAAUUAUUCGCAGUACAAAUAAAAAUUAUGACGAGUUUAUUAUCUUGCGGAAAUGCAAUCGGACAAAAGUUGGAUUUAACUUUAAAAGAAGAAUACCUGAAUGGAGAACAAUAUAUGAAUGAUGCAAACACUUUAGAUCCAGAGGCAUAUAUUAUAGAAAAUGCGAAAUGCUUUCUCUGUGAUCGUAAUUUUGUUGAAGGGGAAGGUACUUUUCUUAUUUUUGAAAUUCGUUUGCGUGAUGAUGGAGGAAUUGAUAAUCCUCUCUCGCUAAUAUUAUCAACAGCUCUAGGCAAAGAUCUGGAUGAAAAUAGUUCUCACUCACCUCUACUUUGCGAGUCUUGUAACAAAAAUAUUUUAGAAUUUGAGAGGCUGCUUCAAAAAUUUUGUGAAAAGCGUAUGCAAAUAAUUAAAUCGUAUAACCGAACAGUCCACAAGUAUAACAUUGAUCCUAUUAUAAUUGAUUGUGAAAGCGAAGUGACUCGUGGCGACAGUAUAUAUUUUGAUGAAAUAUCCAACAAUAUAAUAAUUGACGAUCUGCAUUGUAAAAAUAAAAGUUCAAACUGUGACGAUUCGCCAAAUGGCAGCAAUGAAUCAAAAGAAAUGGAAUCGAUUUGCGUUGGAGCAGACUUGGUAGAAGAAAUUAUUGAUUGUGACCCAAUAGAGGUCGAUGGAUCUAUUUUAAACCCCGAUUCUCCAUGCAUGGAGAAUAAUGAAGAUUUAAUUAAUGAUAUUCAUUGUAAUGGAACUAUUUCGGAUAUUAGUGAUAAAGCUGAACAAGAUUUGAUUAACUCUGAGUUGUUACCACACACAUUAGACAUCAAAAGCGAGGAGACAUUAAUAUAUGAUCCAGAUGACAAUGCUACACCAGCGAUAAAUUAUACAUUUGCUGCUGAAAAUUCGGUGCCAGAUGGUGAAAUGAUUGCCGAUGAACCAUUCAAAAUGGUUUUUGAGCAGGUAGACAACUUGUACUUUUGCUUGCUUUGUGGAGAGCUAAAGCCAUUGAGUGCGGAACCAUUCGCAGAACAUAUGCUACAGUAUCACGACCUAAACUUUUAUGCCUGUGAACAUUGUUCUGCUGGUUUCCUUUCAGCUGAAAGUGUAAAAGAGCACAUUGAAAAUACUCAUACAAAUUUUUGCAUAGCCACCGAAGUGGACUCUCCUGAAUACGAGUGCAAUGUAUGCCAACAAGUUUUUGCUAACCAUCGGUUACUUCGUGUGCAUAAACGAACUCAUAACAACACCUCCUUACAAUACGAAUGCUCUGAAUGUAAUAAGAAAUAUAGUUGCCAAAAUCUUCUACUUGAUCACAUGAACAUCCACAUAGGCCGCCGACCAUAUAAGUGCACAAAGUGUCCCAAAGACUUCACUUCAAAAUGUACAUUGCAAACACAUCUGAAAAUUCAUAGUGAACGACUGCGACCUUACAAAUGCAAUAAAUGUAAUAAAUCAUUUCUUAACCCACAAUCUCUUACUCAUCAUAAAAAGCUACACUUAGGAGAAAAGGCAUUCAUUUGUGAUAUAUGCUUAAAAGCCUUUAGCACCCAGCAUAAUUUGGAUAUCCAUAAGAUUGUUCAUACCGGGCAGAGACCAUUCGUGUGCAGAACUUGUGGUAAAGCUUUUGCACGUCGGGCUGAAAUUAAAGAUCACGAGCGUAUCCACACAGGAGAGAAGCCUUAUAAAUGUGAUAUGUGCGAGGCUGCAUUCGCACAGCGUUCUAAUUUAAUGACGCAUCGGAAGUCUACACAUUUAAAUGAAAAAUCGCACAAGUGCGAUCAAUGUGAUCGUUCUUUCAAAAGACGUCGAUUAUUACAGUAUCAUAUCAAUGCUGUACAUACAGGUGUGCGUCCCCACGAAUGUGAAAUAUGUGGAUCGUCAUUUGUGUAUCCUGAACAUAAAAAGAAGCAUAUGCUUAUACAUGGAAAUUCUAAGCCAUACACAUGUGAAGUAUGUGGCAAAGAAUUCAAUAGUUGCGCUAAUCGGAACGCCCAUCGAUAUGUGCAUAGCUCCAAAAAACCAUAUGAAUGUAUUAAAUGCGGGGCUGGGUUUAUGCGUAAACCAUUGUUAUUGGCGCAUAUGAAACAUGCGGGGCAUACAACCGAUACUAUAGUAAUAAACCAGCCACAUAUCAGUGGUAAGGGAAUGCUGAGUUUGGAAAGAGAGAUGAGCACUAUUGAUUCGUGCGAUGAUAUAUGUGAAGUUGCUGUUAGUUCGUCACAAGAAUCGAAUUCAAGUGUGUGCAAUGAAGGACUUCAACUUAUUCCACCUCACACAGAAGAUAUUUCCGACGUUGCGGAAACAGAGAGUGUGCAGUACCUCCAAUUUGACGACUUAGAUAAAGAUGGUCAUCAAGUAAUAACUUGGGUUGACAUUGGGCGUGACAAGCACGUGAUGUACUAAUAAUAGUUAAGUUUAUAAGAUAUUAUUAUGAAAAUAAUUGUUUUUUCAAAUUUUUAAUAAAGUAACCAAAAAAAGAUUA